AUGACACCAGAAGUGACUGGAGCCGACUCGACCGGUAGCGAAGUCGAUCACAUGGUCCUGCCUGCCCACCAGCGUUCAACAGAAAUGACGAAUCUGGAGGACCGGGGGCGACAGGCGAUGCGACAAUUGGGUCCACAAAUGCAGAGACCUCUGCCGAGGGUAGAGGUGCUGGCGAAGCAGGUGUUGGGGCCGGAUUCUCGGGCGUUGAGUCGGAUAUAG